AUGAGCCGCGCAGGUGGAAAUGGCUCGCGCCCCGCUUCACGAGCCUCGAGCCCGGGCGGGCAUCUCUCGUGUCGCGGCAGCAACUAUUCAGAGAGCACUUCAUUACACGCCGCAAUGGCGACCAAAACCCAGGCUCCGCCAACACCGGACGAGACCCCAGAGCCGACUGAUCACUCGGAUGAGGGUCACCUCGCCUCUGUCUCUUCCUGCUCAUCUGGCCCCGGCGCCGCAGCUGAGGCCCCUGUUCGCUGCACCUUUGCGCUCACCCACUCCGAGCGUCCCUGUCCUGCUACGGCGGUUGAGAGCCUGCUGCUCAUGCAGGACAACGGUAUCCCCGCCAUCGAUAUCCUCCGCAUGAUCCGAAGCUUGAUGGGUCUCCCACCUGCUCUGGGUGACCCAAUGCUACCGGCACCGUUCCGCACGCCUGUAUCGUCCCCAGAGAAGGCGACCAAUGCGAGGAAGUGGGAGCCAGCAACACCAUCGAGCAAGGCUUCGUCACCUGCCUCCAAGUCCAAAGCUGACCCGGACACUCCCGCGACAUCAGCUUCUGUUACAGAGCUCACCAAAACAAUCUCAAGAAACGAGUCUGUCACUGCCGUGUCUGAUCCUCCUGCGUCUUCCCCUUCUGCGUCUGCUCCUCCAAAGUCUGCCUCCCCAGCUCAGGCCUUGGCGCCGACGCCGGCUGCGAGCCAGCCGGCGGGCCCAGCGGAAAACGCCCGACUUGCUGCGUUCCUCAACCUCAACGCCAACUCUAAGAUUAGCAGCCACCCCCAAGCCACGCACAAGACGACGAGCAACCCACCCGUGUCUCGCAGCGGUAUCACUAUUCGGCGCUCUAGCAUGCCAGCUCCACCUUCCUCCAUGCCAUCGGCGUUAAAGGACGGCUCACAGGCGCGUAGCCAAUCUCGCAACGGUCUUAGAAGGAUCAGCUUUGACACCACCGAGAAGGUGUUAGACAAGAGUCGAGACUCCUUCAAGCCUGGAGACAAGGAUUUCUUACCUGACGGUGACCGUCGUGGCACAGGUAGAGUCAACUCUCGCGCACUGUCGCUCGAAGCCGGAACCCGCCACGAACUCAAGCAUAAGGCGAGUUUAGUUGUUGACACGAGCGUCCAUCAAGACGAUUUCGAAGGCGACUCGGAAACGGGCCACGGCACGAACGGCGUGUUAUCUCGUGCGCGCCCCAGAAUACAGUGGGCGUCGUUCUUACCGCCGCUCGCGCAAUCCCUUGCGAGCCCGGAGACAUUCUCUGCAGGAGUGGCGACUGGUCGCCUCUUUGGCCUCAUCCACACGCGUCUAGGUGAGAGACGGAUGGCAACCCCCAUGCUCCUUCUCGCUGGUGCUUUCCUCUCGGCGGUCGGAAACGACGCCACUGGCAGCCGCCUCUCGGCGCUACGCCUCGACGAAGCGCUUUCUACCGCCGGUAUGAUCGAGGGGUUCCUCCAGAGUGCGAUGCUGGCCGAGCUCACGGCACCGGCCACUGCAACGCCUCUGUCGAACUUCUCUGGCAAGUUCGCGGAGGCUCGUGGAACGGCGGUGUCAGCCCACACCCGUGUGCGGUCCAACGUCAACGUCCUUCGUGACGUCCUAAACCGCCAUCUCAUGACAACAGUGCAGCGCCAUUCGUCCAAGCUCGCACAGGAGGUCUUCGCUACGGAACCCAAGAUCAUCGAUGUCCUCGAGCGUACGCGCUCGACCUGCGUCCGUGCUGGUCUUACGCUCACUCUUUGGCGUGCCAUUGCCCUGGCUUACCUCGCCGAAGUCUACAUCGCAGUGCUGCACCACCUUCUCAAGCUGCGUAAUGAUGGCUACUCUGCGGGUCACCGCCUGGCAUAUCAGCGGGUCCAAGAGUCGCUCAACAUCAUCGACACUUGGGCCAAGAGGCAGGAUGUGCGCAUCAACCUUGCCAGCGUGAUCCGUACCUUCCUCGGCGAACUAAUCACUCCCUCGCCCACCGUCUCGCCCAUUGUCUCUGCUCUUGACCGUGUUCGCUCCGAGCACAGCGGCGGUCACUCGCAGGCACUGGCGAUCCUUCGUCUCGCCGGCCUGCCUGACCGCGAAAUCCGCGCGCUCGACAAGAUCGCGUUUGCCGUCGAGGACGCUGUCGAGCGCUCUAACGGGUCAUCACCGGAUCUACCCAACGGCGAGCUUGUCAACAAGGCAGUAGUGUGGUCAGGGUUCGAGUAG